AUGCUCCAAGGGCUGUGCCGUGACGGUCAACCUAUCCCCCACCCAGGACUGCAGCACACACCUCAUUGGCCUCCGCCGCCUGACGACCUACCUCAUAAAGGACUUCGAUUCUCCUCGCACUUAUUCCUCAAUGGAGGUUUCAAAGCCAACGAGGGACUCGCAAACGUUUUGUCGGCAGCACGGCAACUUAACGUCCACUUCUCGCCUCAAGUGUAUUUCUUUUUCUCUUUUUUACUUCUGCCACCACAUAAUAUUCAUAGCAUUGAACGGCGUCCUAAACCUCCGUAUCUGAGAAAGAUCGGAAGGAUUCCGAAAAGGCUUGCCGCUAAUGCUUCCUAUCCGGCCGGAGAACGGAUCCGCCUUAGGAUAAUUGGUGAAAGAGCCAGCGGGGGAGGAUUAAAGAGGAGCGGGAUGGCUACCUGGGAAAUAUUACAAUGUGUGAGGAGGGCUCAAAACAUACUUAUCAAUUGUUGGAGGACUUGUACUACCUGGCCGCCGCCUCAAAGGCACCGCUCCCUUUUCACUAGCCAUCCUAUUCAACUCGAAAAUGUUAUAAUUUCUCCUCUUGACACGGGGCCACUCAACUGUUCUCUAUAUUGA